GCCCGGGGAGGCACCCCCGGCGUUGGGAAACAGCCAUGGGGCAAGUUUGGGGUUGUGCAAGCCCGGGGGGCACCAACCCGGCACCGCGGCCCCUGCGCCCCUCCCACAGGGCUCCGGGCCCCCCGCCCCCCCCAUGGCCAGCCAAGGGGCUCCAAGGGAUGGGGAUACCCUGGGAGUCCCCGAGGGGGGCGAUGUCACGGCCCGUCCAUUGGGACACCUGGGGCUCCGUGUCCUCCCACCCGUGUCCCCAAAAAACAACGGCCGCCCUGUGGGUUGGGACCAGGUGUUUCCGGAGCGGGGUUGGGGAGAGCCAAGCCCCGGGGAGGGUCCCCGACCUCCCGGGGGGAUAAAAGUGGCGCCGGGGUGGCCGUGGGGGACAGGGAUGCCGAGCCCGUGGGCGCUGGUGCUGCUGGUGGUGCUGGGGGGGGCCCGUGCCCUCCCCGCCCCGGCCCCCCUCGCCUACACCCAGGCGCUGGCUCAAGCCGUGGACUCCUACAACCAGCGGCCCGAGGUGCAGAACGCCUUCAGGCUGCUCAGCGCCGACCCCGAGCCCGCCCCGGGCGUGGAGCUGAGCUCGCUGCAGGGGCUCAACUUCACCAUGAUGGAGACGGACUGUGCCGCCAGCGCCCGCCCCGACCCCAACGACUGCGACUUCAAGGAGAACGGGGCCAUCAAGGAGUGCUCGGGGCCGGUGCAGCUCCUGCAGAGCUCCCCCGAGUUCGACCUGCGCUGCUUCGACGUCUCCUCCGACCCGGUUCUGAUCCAGCGCGGCCGCUUCGGGCGCUUCCUGGGCAGGGUGCGGCGCUUCCGACCCCGGAUCAAGUUCAACAUCGGCAUCAGGGGCUCCGUGGGCUUGGGCUGAGCAAUAAAGGGCCGGGAGAGGCCGU